CCGCUGUGAGAACUCAGUUCUAACCGAGCUAGCCGCCCACAGACGUACAACAGUCCCGCCAAAAUAGUCGGCUUAGGUGUCCGCCAUCUUGGCGGCAUCUGAUGCCCAACCGUCGAAAUCUCGAAAUAAGUGCCCACCGAGUCGCAAAACCCAAAGCCUCGAAAUACCUGCCACCAUUUACCUCGUUUCCCCCGAUUUUCACGGAUUUCCCGCGUUUAAAUUCGACUUUUCGACUCUUCGUCUCCGAUUUAUGCAGACUUUUCGCGCGGCGCCUCACGAGACGCGGAUUGCAAUUUUCGGGAGUGAUUCGGACUUUGUUACGGGUUUAUUUAAAUUAACGGGGCGAUAGGGAUACUUGAACAUUCCUGUAGGAAGUAAAGGACUUGGUGGGGAGAGUUUAACGAACCGUUUGAUUAAGUGCUUCUAAGUUUUUGACGGUGGAGCGUCAUUGGAGGCAAAGCCGCGCUCCAAGAUGGCGUCGUAUCGCAGCGUAGCAGAUCGAUUAUCAUGUCGCCAAGUACUGAACAUAAUGGUGAUUCUCGGCUUCAUGGUGAACUACAUGUUGAGGAUGAAUCUAACCAUAGCAAUAGUGAGCAUGGUGAUACAAGGAAAUAAUACUCUACAUUCCAACGAGACAAUCGGAGUCCCCUUCAUUCCAGUCGGCAAUGCGACAAUUGUCGCAAUGAGAGCCAACAUCAGCGAAAGUGCAUCUUCAGGAUCUCAGCUUCCAGGACACUCCUCAGAAUCUGAAACACUGCAACAAACUAAGUACCCUUGGAACCAGUACGAGGUGAAUCUAAUCCUGGGCAGCUUCUUUUGGGGAUACAUCUGCACGGAGAUUCCUGGUGGUAGAUUGGCAGAGAUUAUAGGAGCCAGAAGUGUCUUCGGAUACAGCAUGCUAGUUUCGAGUCUGAUUACUUUUCUGACACCAUUAUCGGCCAUGUUUGGAUACGCCACCGUUUCGGCACUUCGAGCCAUUCUGGGGUUCAUGCUUGGAGUCACUUGGCCUGCCAUCCAGCCAAUGACUGCACGUUGGAUCCCCCCAGAUGAGCGAAGCAAAUUCGUAUCCAACAUGAUGGCUUCUUCCCUCGGUGCAGCCAUUACGAUGCCGAUGGCGGGGUUCCUUAUAGCUAGUUUAGGGUGGGAAUCAGUUUUCUACGUCACCGGGGCUAUAGGUUUAAUCUGGAGUCUCGUUUGGUUCCUUUUGGUCUUCGAUUCGCCGGCCCAGCAUCCCAGGAUCUCUCUGGAAGAGCGAAAGUACAUAGAGGACUCUAUAGGAACAACUUCUUCGUCUAAACAUCUCCCAGUGCCUUGGAAAGCGAUGUUCACGUCCAUCCCUGUCUGGGCGAUCAUCAUCACUCACAGUUGCAGUGUUUUCGGGUACUUCACUGUAGUCAACCAAUUGCCAACGUACAUGAAGUACAUAUUGAAUUUCAACAUCAAGGAGAAUGGCCUGCUGUGCUCCUUGCCGUAUUUAGGAAAAUACGUUUUCGCAAUAGCAACUUCCAGCGUGGCGGAUUGUUUACGCAGGAAGAACAAGCUCUCCGUGACCGCCAUUCGCAAGCUUUUUACUACUUUUGCCGUGCUGAGCCCGGGCUUGCUGAUGAUCGUGGAGGCGUAUUUCGGGCACGACCGAGUGAUUUCGGUGGUUGUUUUUACAGUAGCUUUGACAAUAAACGGAGCCGUGACCGCAGGUUAUUUAGGAAACGGGCUGGACAUUGCCCCGAAUUUUUCUGGGACGAUUUUCGGGAUCGCCAACACUCUGAGCUCGCUGGGAGGUUUCCUCAGCAGUUUCAUGGUAGGCAGCUUGACCUACCGCGAUCAGACCUACUCUCAGUGGCAGAUUAUUUUCUGGAUUCUGGCCCUGAUUUACUGCUUCGGGGCGCUGGUCUUUGCUGUUUUUGGAACCGGCGAGCUCCAAAAGUGGAACAAUCCAGACAGCGUCGAGGUCAAGAAGAGAGCAUGCCCUGAAAACGGCGCAGAGGCAGAAGAACUGAUAACACUAAAUCAGAAACCUGGGGGGAGAUGAUGAAGAAUAACUCCACACUAUCUGUAGGUCGAUACAAACAUUUCUACUGUUAAUUAGUAAAUUAAGUCAGGUUUCGAUCGCCUCGAAACACGUAUACUCAGUUAUAACCAAUCGCCUUAACGUUCUUUUGUUACCAGAUUCUAUGUACAAACAAGAAAUAAAUUUAUAUUGAAGGAA